CAAACUCUGGACUGGAUUCCUCGCGAAGCAAAACGUCUUCGAGAGAGGCCACCGCCCAGAUGGGCUGACCUGUUCGUUGCAUGGAGGGACCAGCUGAAUUCUCACCUGGUAACGAGUAAUGGACCUGGACCUCGCGAACGUCGCCGCCGCACUUCAAUACCAGCAUCGUGGACAACGCUAGCGAGAGACAGAAACGGAUGGAAACAGUGCUAUGGCCUGCACGACAAGUGA